AUGGGGGCGGGAGCGAGUGCCGAAGAGAAGCGCUCCAGGGAGCUGGAGAAAAAGCUGAAGGAGGAUGCAGACAAAGAUGCCAGGACCGUCAAGCUGCUGCUAUUAGGUGCUGGUGAAUCAGGAAAAAGCACAAUUGUCAAACAGAUGAAAAUUAUUCAUCAAGAUGGCUACUCACUUGAAGAGUGUCUAGAGUUCAUCAGUAUCAUUUACAGCAACACUCUGCAGUCUAUCAUGGCCAUCGUGAAAGCCAUGAGUACGUUUGGCAUCAACUAUGGCCACCCCGAUCAGCAGGAUGACGCCAGGAAAUUGAUGCAUCUGGCAGAUACUAUUGAGGAGGGAACCAUGCCCAAGGAGCUGUCCGAUAUUAUCCUGCGCCUGUGGAAGGACUCGGGCAUCCAGGCGAGUUUUGACCGGGCAUCUGAGUACCAGCUGAAUGACUCAGCUGGAUACUAUUUGAACGACUUGGAGCGUCUGAUCCAACCAGGGUAUGUGCCCACUGAGCAAGAUGUGUUGCGAUCCAGGGUGAAAACCACCGGUAUCAUCGAAACCCAGUUUUCCUUCAAGGAUCUUAAUUUCAGAAUGUUCGAUGUGGGCGGUCAGAGAUCAGAGAGAAAGAAGUGGAUCCACUGUUUCGAAGGGGUCACCUGCAUCAUCUUUAUCGCCGCUUUGAGCGCCUACGACAUGGUGCUGGUGGAGGAUGACGAAGUGAAUCGAAUGCACGAAAGCCUGCACUUGUUCAACAGCAUCUGCAACCAUCGCUACUUCGCCACCACCUCUAUUGUCCUUUUCUUGAACAAGAAAGACGUGUUCCUGGAGAAGAUCAAGAAGGCUCACCUCAGCAUGUGCUUCCCCGACUACGAUGGUCCUAACACCUAUGAGGAUGCCGGUAACUACAUCAAAGUACAGUUCCUGGAUUUGAACAUGCGCAGAGACGUCAAGGAAAUCUACUCGCACAUGACCUGCGCCACAGACACAGAGAACGUCAAGUUUGUGUUCGACGCGGUCACAGACAUCAUCAUCAAAGAAAACCUGAAGGAUUGUGGCCUCUUCUGA